CGGGCUGAGGGCAGGGUGGAGGUAGAAGAACACGGCGGCGCUGUUUUGAGAUCGCCCGCAGGUUCUAUGGAGAACAUCUCGAGGGGAGAACCGAGACUUCAGCGCGACGAGCUGAUGGGCUUUACAGCGCGAGAAGAACAGCCGGAGACCCCCGAGAUGAGCCAAGUGUGAAGCGGCGCUGCUGGGCUUGGUGUCCUCCUGGAUGAUCUGACUGAAGGCUGGUGCUGAUCUCACCCAUCCCCUGGUCUAAGUUAAGGUCUUAGAGACGGACCAUUCACCAGGCCGCCAUGGGUGAAGUUGUGAUUGUGAAGGAGGGAUGGCUUCACAAACGAGGAGAAUAUAUAAAGACGUGGAGGCCGCGAUAUUUCCUGCUGAAGAGCGACGGGACGUUUAUCGGGUAUAAAGAACGGCCGCAGGACGUGGAUCAGCUGGAGACUCCGCUCAAUAACUUCUCAGUGGCACAAUGCCAGCUGAUGAAGACAGAGAGACCCAAACCGAACACCUUCAUCAUCCGCUGCCUGCAGUGGACCACAGUAAUCGAGCGCACGUUUCAUGUGGAAACUCCCGAAGAAAGGGAGGAGUGGACGAAGGCUAUUCAGGCCGUGGCUGAUGGGCUGCAGGAGCAAGAGCGGAUGGAUGCUUCAUCUGUUCCCAUGGAUACGGACACAGAGAUGAGCCUGGCCAAACCUCGUCUCAGAGUGACCAUGCAUGACUUUGAAUACCUCAAGCUGCUGGGGAAAGGCACGUUUGGGAAGGUGAUCUUAGUAAAGGAGAGAGCAAGCGGUAAAUACUACGCUAUGAAGAUCCUGAAGAAGGAUGUGAUUGUAGCUAAAGAUGAAGUAACUCACACACUUACAGAGAACAGAGUGUUACAGAGCUCCAAACACCCAUUCCUUACGGGUCUAAAGCACUCGUUUCAGACUAAAGAUCGGCUGUGCUUUGUGAUGGAGUAUGCUAACGGAGGAGAGCUCUUUUUCCAUUUAUCACGGGACCGCGUGUUUUCCGAAGAGAGGGCACGCUUCUACGGUGCAGAGAUCGUCUCUGCUCUGGACUACCUCCACUCAGAGAAAAACGUGGUUUAUAGAGACCUGAAGCUGGAAAACCUGAUGCUGGAUAAAGACGGUCACAUUAAGAUCACAGACUUUGGCCUGUGUAAGGAGGGAAUAACAGAAGGGGCUACGAUGAAAACAUUCUGUGGAACGCCAGAGUACCUGGCUCCAGAGGUUCUGGAGGAUAAUGAUUACGGUCGAGCGGUGGACUGGUGGGGACUGGGAGUGGUGAUGUACGAGAUGAUGUGCGGUCGGCUGCCAUUCUACAGUCAGGACCAUGAGAAGCUGUUUGAGCUGAUCUUAAUGGAGGAGAUCCGCUUCCCCCGAACACUCAGCCCAGAGGCCAAAGAUCUGCUGGCUGGACUUCUGCAAAAAGACCCGAAGCAAAGGUUAGGUGGAGGGCCGGAGGAUGCUAAAGAGAUCAUGCAGCAUAAAUUCUUUGCCGGUAUAGAGUGGAAGGACGUCUAUGAAAAGAAGCUCGCUCCACCCUUUAAGCCCCAGGUGACGUCAGAAACGGACACGCGGUAUUUUGACGUGGAGUUUACAGGACAAGCCAUCACCAUCACCCCCCCUGGACAAGAUGAAAGUAUGGAGAUGCUGGAUGGUGACAAAAGACCCCAUUUCCCUCAGUUCUCCUACUCGGCCAGCGGCACAGCAUAACACACACACACGUGUACAUGCACUGCAGAUCCACACAUCCCCACAGACCUAAUCUUUACACACUCCGCUCUUUUUUGAGCGCUCCCAGGUUCAUUGCUUACAUCAUGCACCACACUGCACGCACAGUGCCGGUGGUCAUGAGGGGCCUUAAUGUAAAGAUGGACAGCUGCCUGAUGAUUUACAAUGAUAAACACUCCAUCUAAAAAAAAUAAUAAUUAGUGUAAAUAUUAUAAUAAUUAUUCCUCAUGAUCUGAAGGAGGUUUUACCCUCAGCGCUUGCUGUCCUCUGAUCAAUAAUGAUGACAUCAUUCCACUCUUAAUUACAGCUGAGGGGGACCUCAGUCGUCUAAGUGUUCUCACUAGUUUAUGUGUUUUCUAAUUAGUGUCACAUUUAAACUCAAAGAAAUACAAAAUAAAAGUCACAUAUCUGUAUUUAGUAGCAGUUCAGAGGGUGCAUUCGAAUGAAUCUGCUCUACAGUGGGGAGCCGAAUGUAAACGGCUGUUCUGUCUCUCAUUUCACUCAUUCUUUUCCUGUUCAGUUAGUUCUCUGGUGGUUUUUAUUCUGAAUCUCAGCCACACCCUCUGUUGUUGUCUUUGUUGUUAUUUUUCUAGACUCUGGUGUGAAUGUGCUGCUCUGGAUUGGAAGUCUCUCAGAUUUUAACUUAUUUUAAUCUGUCAAUGGGGGAGUGGAGUGAAGGACAAAAUAACUGAAACACCAGCUUUAAAAAUAAAAGCUUUGUUAUAAAAACUCUGUCUGUUUGUCUGCAUCA